ACAUUUAUAUGUAUGAAAGAAACCACCAACAAAACUAGUACCUGUUGAAAAGAGGCCAAGAGGAAGACCUAGGAAAACUGCCCAAGCAGUAGGAAAUAGUCCUGCACCAGCUGAAGUUCAUGUUUCAUGUUCUGCACCUGCAGCAACUAGUGUAUAACCCACUGCUAAAAGAGGAAGAGAAAGUGGCACCAGUGCACUAUAUAAAAGGCCUAGAGUCAUGGGAAUGGGUGUUUUCCAGGCAGAAAAUGGGUUCAAAGUUGUUAAUCAGGAUUGUCUCAACUGGUAAAGCAAAGGUGACCAGAUCAGCAGAGGUAACUGGUGACAUUGGCUACAAGCCAAGUGCAAAUAGUAAGCUGAAAUGGAGAGGCAAUGAAGCAAUCACAACCAGGAAACUACAAGAGAUACAACAGAAAAAUGACAAGAGGUAGAGGUAAAUCGACAAACCCAAGCCAAGAAAGCACAC